ACACAGAGUCCCCCCACUCAUUAUUACUUAUUUCCAUUUCAUUUCCAUUCAUUCAAUCCAAUUUUCCCAAAAAUCCAUUUUUUUUGCCUCACCGAAUGUAACGUUACUUCAUCCUUCAUUCAAGCUCAUGCCCUUAUCGCCAUAUAAGCUAAACACCAAACCAGCUUCUUCUUCUACCGAUAAGAUUUUCCCCUUUUUCUUCUAACUACACACGUGGGGUUCUUUUUUGAUUUUUCUCUGAAAGAUCUGAGAUUGAUCGCCGAUUCUGUGAAAACCCAUCUUUUUUGCUUCAAUUUUCUUGAUUUUUUUGGUUCCAUUUCUCACCGAUCCUUGUGGGGUUUGCUGUUUUUGAGUUACACUGUUUCCGCCUUUCUUUGGGUCUUAUGUUGUGUUGACUCCAGAUUUUCAAGGCAAGGUGGGAGAACUGAGUUGAGUGUGAUUUGCAUGGGUGACGAUGCCGGAGUUGCGUAGUGGAGCAAGGAGAUCAAAACGGCUUGGUGAUCUCCAGCCUGCCCCUCAACCUGUUGGCCAAGGGGAAAACUUGGCCUUGCCUACUCAGAACAGAACUAGAAGAAGAGGUGGUGGAGGAGGAAGAGGAAGGGGUAAUGCAACAGCUAUAGGAAAAGGGCCUUCAGGGACACGUGGAAGACCGAGUGGUGCUGGUAGGGGUAGGGGGAUUAGAUUGAUAGAUUUGGACCCAGAGCCGCUGUGUGAGGGUCUACCUCAAGCUGCUCCUGUUGGGGUUGCCGAGCCAGAUUUUAAUAGAGUUGACGGUGCUGCAGAUAAAAAGAUUGCUAUGGAUGGUGGUGGAAGUCCAGACAAAGUAAUGGGAGUUGAAGAAGAAGCAGGCACAACUCCUGUACCAGAUAGGGUGCAAGUGGGUAAUUCUCCUGUAUAUAAAACGGAAAGGAAAUUAGGUAAGGGUGGAUUUGGGCAAGUAUAUGUUGGUCGAAGAACAAGUGGGGGAACUGAGAGAACAGGACCAGAUGCUGUUGAGGUUGCAUUAAAGUUUGAGCAUCGAAAUAGUAAAGGUUGCAACUAUGGCCCUCCUUAUGAGUGGCAGGUGUACAACACCCUAAAUGGAUGCUACGGAAUCCCAUGGGUUCAUUUUAAGGGCCGUCAGGGAGACUUUUACAUCUUGGUCAUGGACAUGCUUGGACCCAGCUUGUGGGAUGUCUGGAAUUCUUUAGGCCAGUCGAUGUCGCCGAACAUGGUAGCCUGCAUUGCAGUGGAGGCAAUAUCGAUUCUUGAAAAGCUGCACCUUAAGGGGUUCGUGCAUGGAGAUGUGAAGCCAGAAAAUUUCCUACUUGGUCUGCCAGGAAGUCAAGAUGAGAAAAAGCUGUAUCUUAUUGAUCUCGGUUUGGCAUCUAGAUGGAAAGAUGCAGCAUCUGGUAUGCAUGUUGAAUAUGACCAGAGGCCAGAUAUAUUCAGGGGCACCAUAAGAUAUGCAAGUGUGCAUGCGCAUUUGGGUCGGACUGGAAGUAGAAGGGAUGACCUGGAGUCACUAGCAUACACAUUAAUAUUUCUUAUAAAGGGAAGGUUACCGUGGCAAGGCUAUCAGGGUGACAACAAGAGUUUUCUCGUCUGUAAGAAGAAAAUGGCCACUUCCCCGGAGUUGAUGUGUUGUUUCUGUCCGGCACCAUUCAAGCAUUUCCUUGAGGCUGUGACAAAUAUGAAAUUUGAUGAGGAACCAAAUUAUGCCAAGCUUAUCUCUUUCUUUGAGAGUCUUAUUGAGCCAGUCACGUCACUACGGCCAAUAAGAAUUGAUGGAGCUCUCAAGGUUUCUAUCCAUAUUCAUGCACGUAUGUGUUUGCACAACGAUAUUGGUUUCUCACUCACCUGUUACCUCUUGUCUAAUCAGGUUGGGCAGAAGCGGGGAAGGUUGCUUAUAAACUUGGAGGAAGACGAGCAACCAAAGAAAAAAGUACGAUUAGGUAGUCCGGCAACACAAUGGAUUUCUGUUUAUAAUGCAAGACGUCCUAUGAAGCAGAGGUACCACUACAAUGUUGCCGACACUAGGCUUAGGCAGCAUGUAGACAAGGGAAAUGAAGAUGGUCUUUACAUCAGCUGUGUGGCUUCAGCAGCCAAUCUGUGGGCCUUAAUCAUGGAUGCAGGAACCGGUUUCUCGUCUCAGGUUUACGAGCUUUCAGCUGCCUUCCUCCAUAAGGAUUGGAUUAUGGAACAGUGGGAAAAGAACUACUACAUCAGCUCAAUAGCUGGUGCAACUAAUGGAAGUUCCUUAGUCGUUAUGUCCAAAGGAACUCCUUAUACACAACAGUCUUACAAAGUAAGUGAAUCUUUUCCUUUUAAAUGGAUAAACAAAAAAUGGAAAGAAGGUUUCCAUGUAACAUCAAUGACCACUGCUGGCAAUCGAUGGGGUGUGGUGAUGUCCCGAAAUGCUGGAUAUGCAGAACAGGUUGUUGAACUCGAUUUCCUUUACCCAAGUGAAGGAAUACAUCGACGGUGGGAAGGUGGGUUUAGAAUAACUUCUAUGGCUGCCACCGCUGAUCAAGCGGCUUUCAUAUUGAGCAUACCAAGGCGUAAAAUGAUUGAUGAAACUCAAGAGACUUUGCGGACAUCUGCCUUCCCAAGUACCCAUGUAAAGGAAAAAUGGUCCAAAAAUCUUUACAUUGCAUCAAUCUGCUAUGGUCGAACUGUCUGCUGAGUUGUUGACGAUCAACGAUCGUUAGUCACUUCAUCUUUGAAGAGAUUUGGAGGAUGAAUUCAGCUGGUCUUGUUGGAUUGCCUCCGAAGUGAGUCCCCUGAUGAUUCUUCAUGUAAAAUCCUUUUUUUUGUUGUACUGUACAACUGUGUAAUGGGAAAAGUUAAACUAAAGUUUAGAAGUUGCUGAGCUAAUGUAGCUGCUGCAUGCUGGCUAGUUUAUUCUAGUGUUGGCAAUUAUGGCAAAGAAAUGGUUGAUUGCUGAAAAAUAUUUGAUACCUUUAAAUUGGAAGGUGUAUUUUAACCAUA